GUAAUAUUGAUAGCUUUUUUUUUCUUCUACCUCAUCACAUUGUCUACCCAGCGACCGACGGCGUACCCACCAGGUCCUGGUUUAUUGCCAUUCAUUGGUAAUAUGUUAACAGUUUGGUACAAUCAUAAGAAGCUAAAAUAUCGCCAUAAAGUAUGGCAAAUGCUGUCCCAAAAGUAUGGAGAUAUACUCGGCUUGCAGCUCGGAUCUAUAAACGUAGUUGUUGUGUCCGGAAAAGAGUAUAUAAAAGAGGUAUCAUCAAGAGAAGUCUUUGAAGGAAGACCUGAUGGCUUCUUUUACUUGAUGAGAUCCUUUGGGAAGAAAUUAGGUUUAGUUUUCUCCGAUGGACCGCACUGGAAUAAAAGAAGGCGGACCGUGUUAAAGUAUUUGAAACAUUACGGCUACGGUUCUAAGGCUAUGGAGGUUCAGAUAAGCGAGGAAUGUCAGGCAUUAACCAAACUAUUGGCGAACAGCGCAGGACGGGCAGUUUGCGUCAACAAACUAUUUAAUGUGUGCAUUGUUAAUGUUGUUUGGCGCUUGGUGGCAGGUAAAAGAUAUGACCUUACUGAUGAACGUUUAAAAUCAUUAUGUGAUCUGAUAACACGAUCGUUCAAAGUGGUCGACAUGAGCGGCGGAGUUCUGAACUUUCUACCAUUCCUCAGACAUGUAAUGCCUGAUCUCAUCGGAUAUACUGAACUUAUGGACAUUAAUCAUUCUAUAUAUGCAUAUUUAAAGGAGGUAAUCGAGGAACAUCGGCUAAAUCUCGAUGAUAAAAAUCCACGAAAUGUCAUCGAUGCAUUUCUUAUUGAAAUGAACAGCCAAGAAGACAAAACAUUGACUGCUGAGGAACUCCAGGUGGUUUGUCUAGACUUGCUAGAGGCUGGUGUGGAAACCGUCAGCAACACAGCAGUGUUCCUCUUGCUGUAUGUUGUUAGGGAACAAAAAGUGCAAGACCGCUUGCAAAUGGAGAUCGACAAGGAAAUCGGCCAUGCAAGACUUCCAGCCCUUAGUGACAGAUCUAAGUUAAUCUAUACAGAGGCGGUUUUGUUGGAAGCGUUACGGAUUUCGACUAUCGCCGCAAUGGGAAUACCGCAUAUGGCCCUGGAGGAUGCGAAACUUGGCAAAUAUGUUAUACCGAAGGGCACAUUUUUACUUCUUGCGUUCCAUGAUCUUCAUAACGGCAAACAUUGGAAAGAUCCAUCAGUUUUCCGACCAGAACGUUUCCUUACAAAGGAAGGAAAUUUAAUACAAGACGAUUGGCUGAUGCCGUUUGGAACAGGACGAAGACGUUGCAUCGGAGAAGGACUGGCCCGUUCUGAACUCUUUCUGUUUCUAACACACAUCUUGCAGAAGUUUCGGCUGAAAGUACCGGAGGGCGCACCUCAACCCUCUACGGUGCCCAUCGAAGGCGUCACUCUCACUGCUCAAGAAUUUAAUAUUAUUUUUGAACCGAGAUACUGAACCCACCGUAUAUAUUAAGUAUUGAAUAAGUUUAUUGUAUUCCCUAUGUUUUGAUUGCGGUAUUUUUUAGUUCUUAAAGGUUGCAGUUUUUUUCAAUUUUAUUCUUAUACCUACAUAGCUCUCGUGUUUUGUAACAGUGUGGUAAAUUUUUAUCUUAAGUAUAUCAAUACAUUGGCAAUUUGUGGUGGAAACCGGAAGAUGUUUUAUUGUACCCGAAGUCCAUCCCUAAAAAUCAAUGCGCGACACGCAUGCGUCGAAGUGUAGACUUUCACCUAAC